AUGGCAAAGAAACUCCUCCCUCUUCUUGCUAUGGGCACUAUCGCGGCCGCCACAACUGCAUCGCCAUGCGCCAUAAUCAACGAUCUUUACACCGAAUCCGGCGAAACAAGCGUGGCAGGAAGCGUUGCAUAUGCAUGUCUAAUGAGCAUGCCAUUUGAGAGUAAUGCCGCCGUGACAUGGAUCACCGAGUACAGCAAGUACUUGCAAUUCCAAUCUGACCUUGAGAUGCUCGCGAAACCGCCAUCAUCUUAUCUGUCGAACAAAGUCGACUUGUUAGGUGGUCUGGAAAGUAUCCAGUCGCGUGCCUCUCGCGGGGGCUAUACAUCUCAAUACCAGUUUGAUGCCGACGUGUCUGAUUUGAUUUCAUCAGCAAACGACGGGCACUUGUACUUCGAUGAACUAUGCUCGUUGUCGGCAUUCUCAUUUUACUCAUCUUUGAGCCUGAGUGCUAUCUCAUCGAAUGGUAUCGCUAUGCCAGAGAUAUAUGUUACGGCUGAUGCUGGAAUGCCGAGUCAAGGAUAUAACACCAAUGUCUCACCAGUUCACUCCAUCAAUGGCGUUGGUGUUGUUUCCGCUAUCGAAGCUCAGUCCAAUUAUCAAAACUUUCAAGACCCCGAUGCCCGCUUUAACAACAUGGUUCUGAAUCUCCUUGUCGAUGGUCAAGGAAAUGAUCUCUAUGGUUUAUUCUCUAGAGACACUGUUUGGCGCGGAAUUGAGUCUUACAACGUGACAUUCGUCAAUGGGUCGUCUAUCUCGUACCCCGUUAUGGCUGAACUUAUGGCAUCUCUGGACUCGGUUUCAUUCGGUGAUGCCAAUGACUUGUAUAACGGCCAUUCUCCCACUCUUUAUCCCACGCCUGUAAUACGAGAGUCCCACAAUAUCAUUGCCGGAUACUAUCCUGAUAUCCCCGGUCUCGAAGAUGUAGCUAUCCUCACUGUCCCUACAUUUGAGACCGAUGGCUACGACAACAGUGCGGAGGAGUUCGUCGCUAUUGCCGAAUAUUUUGUUCAGAAUGCAUCCCAAAUAGACGGCAAAAAGAAGAUCGUCAUCGACUUGCAGAACAAUGGCGGCGGUGUAGUCCUUUCUGGUUAUGGUCUCUAUAGCAUUUUCUUCCCCAACGAAACACUAUUCUCUUCCACUCGAUUCCGUUCCCACGAAGCCAUAGAUUUUAUGGGAACAAUAUUCAACAGCGGCAACAGUACCGUCCAAGAGAUAGGGUAUAAUAGCGGCUUAAGUGGUCUUGUUGAUGCAGUCAAACCCGAUCAAUCCAGCUUCGAGGACUGGCAGAAUGUGUUUGGACCCUAUAACAUCGGUGGGAUCCCCUCAUCCGCUUUGUUCGCUGAGUUUGACUUUGCAACAACCGAUCUAAGCGACGAUCCCGUCAAUACCGACGGUCGAGGUGGUGUGCUAAACGCUACCACUUCCCCAUUUGCGCCCGAAGACAUCGUAAUCCUCUUAGAUGGCCGCUGCUCAUCAACCUGCACCAUCUUCGCCGACCACAUGGUCUCCAAAGGCGUCAAAACAGUAGCCGUCGGUGGCCGUCCUAUCUCUGGACCUAUGCAGGCGUUGGGCGGCAUCAAGGGCUCAGAAGUGCAACUCCUGUCAACUAUUGACAACGCAGCACAGGAAGCCAUGUACCUACUUAAUAGCUCUAUUUCUGGCAAUCCUAUCUUGUCAAGUGACAAUAUCAGCCGUUUCUACGGUCAACCCCAUCCCGCUAACUGA